GUACCUUCUUAAUCUUUACAUACACUACAGAUUUGUUUUUCUUUUUUAGACUUAUUUUCUAAAUUCUUUUCUUUCCUAUCAUUUUGCCUAUUUUGUUUCUUCUUUGGCAGUUUCUUUUAUGUUCUUCACGUUCUCUUCAAAUCAAUCAACAUAUUGGUUUUCACAUAGCAGAUCUGGAUAAAAAGAAGCGCUGAAGCAGCGGAAUGGUAACGACGGUGACAUAACCAUGUGGAAGAAGUAACGGUGGCGGCAGCAAAAUGAUGAGGCAAAAAAAAUGGCGGUGGCGGAACGACGAUGAAGGCGGUGGCUGAACGAUGGUGACGAUAAAAGCUUCUGAUGUGUUUUAUUGUAAAGUGGGAAAAGGGGUAAAGGAAGGGCUGGAAAUGGGCGAGGUGUCCGUGGAGUGGAUUUUGGUCUUGGUAUUGGCUAUAGCCUAUAAUCCAGAAUCGAAUAGUACUCCAUCUCAUGUUGUUCCAAGUCGAGCUACUCCAGUUAACUCAGCAAAGAAAGGGAUGAUGGCGCAAUUUAAGAAUAGUUCUGCUGCAACAUCAAACUCUCAUUUUGUUUUUCACUUUUUGCUUUUUGACUAUAACAAUAAAUGUAAUGAUAUUAUUUACAAUUAGUCAUUUUAAAUAUGAAUUAUUAAAAUUUAUGAAUAGUUAUAAUGUUA